AUGAGGCCGAUGCCCCUACUGCAGCUGGCGCUGCUUCUCGGCCUGCCCAGGAGCUUGGGGGGGAAAGGGUGUGUUUCUCCGCCCUGCGAGUGCCACCAGGAGGAGGACUUCAGAGUCACCUGCAAGGAUAUCCAUCGCAUCCCAGUCCUACCGCCCGGGACACAGACUCUGAAGUUUACAGAGACUCAUCUGAAAACCAUUCCCAGUCAUGCAUUUUCAAAUCUGCCCAAUAUUUCCAGGAUCUACUUAUCCAUAGAUACAACUCUGCAGCGGCUGGAAUCACAUUCCUUCUACAAUUUGAGUAAAAUGACGCACAUAGAGAUUCGGAAUACGAGAAGCUUAACUUACAUAGAUCCUGGUGCCUUAAAAGAGCUGCCUCUUCUGAAGUUCCUUGGCAUUUUCAACACUGGACUUAAAAUAUUCCCUGACCUGACCAAAGUUUAUUCCAUGGAUGUAUUCUUUAUACUGGAAAUUACAGACAACCCCUACAUGACUUCCAUCCCUGCCAAUGCUUUCCAGGGACUGUGCAAUGAAACCUUGACGCUGAAACUAUACAACAAUGGCUUUACUUCAAUCCAAGGACAUGCUUUCAAUGGGACAAAGCUGGAUGCUGUUUACCUGAACAAGAAUAAAUAUCUGUCAGUUAUUGACAAAGAUGCAUUUGGAGGAGCAUACAGUGGACCAACCCUGCUGCUACUGUUUGGAAGAAAGCCCUUGUUCUUUGAGACUCAAAAGGCCCCACACUCCACUGUGCCAUCCUGA